UUCCCAGCAUUCAAAGUAAAAAGGCGACUCAAGGUUAGUGCUACUGUCACGCCUCUUUCGGUUCCUACUGUAGUUGCAAUUAUACCAGCUGCUUUAGUGCAUAUAAUCCGUUUUUAUUUUAUUUUGCUAUUUACGGACCUACCUAUGUCAUCCAUCUAGAGAACACAAUUGUAAUUGGACCGUCUGCAAAUAUGUUCCCCGCCUGCAAGUCUUCAAAAGUAUGUCAGUGUCUGCGGUUAGUGAAAGGACUACGAAAAAAGUGCCUUCCACCCAUUCUUCAUGUAUCAAGACUGAACUCCUCCACCUCUUCUUCACCAGUCCCUCGCAUCACAACACAUUACACAGUCUAUCCACGAGACAAAGAUCCACGAUGGGAAGGGAUAAGUAUGGAGAGGUUUGCAGAUGAGGCUGACGUCGUAAUAGUAGGAGCAGGACCUGCUGGUCUUUCAGCUGCUAUCCGCCUCAAACAGCUUGCCAGUGAACAAGGAAUAGAACUCCGUGUGUGUGUGGUGGAGAAGGCCUCUCAGAUAGGCGCUCACACUCUCUCAGGAGCUUGUUUGGAGCCCAAGUCAUUACAGGAGCUUUUUCCAGACUGGAAAGAAAGAGGGGCUCCCCUUCACACUCCUGUGACAGAAGAUAAAUUUGGGAUUUUAACCGAGAAACACCGAAUUCCAGUGCCACUACUACCAGGUCUUCCAAUGAGAAAUCAUGGGAAUUAUAUUGUUCGACUUGGCCAUUUAGUAAGAUGGUUGGGUGAGCAAGCAGAACAGCUCGGUGUGGAGCUCUAUCCUGGUUAUGCAGCCUCAGAGGUUUUGUUCCAUGAAGAUGGCAGUGUGAAGGGAGUAGCUACAAAUGAUGUGGGAAUUGCCAAGGACGGAUCACCUAAGGAAGUAUUUGAAAGAGGAAUGGAGCUUCAUGCUAAAAUAACAAUAUUCAGUGAAGGUUGCCAUGGACAUUUGGCAAAGCAGCUAUAUAAAAAGUUCAACUUGAGAGAGAACUGUGAUCCUCAAACAUACGCAAUAGGACUGAAAGAGCUUUGGAUUGUGGAUGAGAAGAAAUGGAAACCUGGCAAAAUAGAACACACAGUUGGCUGGCCUCUGGACAGACAUUCUUAUGGGGGAUCAUUUAUGUAUCAUUUAAAUGAAGGAGAACCAUUGGUGGCCAUUGGCUUUGUCGUUGGCCUGGAUUAUCAGAACCCAUACCUGAGUCCAUUCCGAGAAUUUCAAAGGUGGAAACAUCAUCCAGCAAUAGUUCCAACUCUGGAAGGAGGUCACAGAAUUGCAUAUGGAGCUAGAGCUCUAAAUGAAGGUGGUUUCCAGUCAAUUCCCCGGCUUACUUUUCCUGGUGGCUUAUUAGUCGGAUGCAGUCCUGGUUUCAUGAAUGUCCCUAAAAUUAAAGGGACUCACACCGCCAUUAAGAGUGGUAUGUUAGCAGCUGAAACUAUCUUCCAGAAAAUUACUGACGAGAAUUUCCAUUCAGAAACAGCAGGAAUGCAUGUCCCUGAAUAUGAGGAGAACUUAAAAAAGUCCUGGAUUUGGAAGGAGCUGUAUGCUGUUAGAAACAUAAGGCCCUCUUGUCAUACAGCUUUGGGAGUUUACGGGGGAAUGAUUUACACAGGAAUAUUUUAUUGGUUACUCAGAGGCAAAGAGCCAUGGACCUUGAAACAUAAAGGCCUUGACGCACAUCAGUUGAAACCGGCUAAAGACUGCACCCCGAUAGAAUACCCUAAACCUGAUAGCAAGAUUAGCUUUGAUCUGCUGUCCUCCGUGGCUUUAAGUGGAACUAAUCAUGAACAUGACCAGCCUGCCCACUUGACGUUAAUGGAUGACAGCGUACCGGUAAACAGAAAUCUAAGCAUCUAUGAUGGGCCGGAGCAGAGAUUUUGUCCUGCAGGGGUAUAUGAAUAUGUUCCGGUAGAAACAGGAGAUGGACUGAGGCUGCAGAUCAACGCCCAGAACUGUGUGCACUGCAAGACCUGCGACAUUAAAGAUCCCAGUCAGAACAUCAACUGGGUGGUGCCCGAGGGGGGCGGAGGACCCGCUUACAAUGGCAUGUGAACUCUCUAUGAUGGAAAACGUUUGUUUUUACAGAAUAUGUGCUACACACAUAGACUAACAAGUAAAUCAUUUUAAUAAAAAUUCCAAGGAUAAUUUAUCCCAAAAACAGAUUUUCUAAUUCAUGUGCAUAAAUUACUGAAGCUUCAAGUCAAAUAAACAUAAAGUAACGUCAACACUGCAUUAAUAUAUUAAAAUCCACAUUUGUUUUCUGUACAGUUUUCUGCUCAAGGAUUAAAGCUGUAUAUUGCUGCUUUUUUUCAAUAAGCAUAUUUUAGAUUGAGAUUGUUAAGAGUUGUGUUGGCUUCGAUCCCAAGUCUUAAUAAAAAUAACAAAUCAUUUGUA